GGGGGUGGGAAUGGGAUAAGGGAGAGCGGAUCCCGAUCCCGCUUUCCCGACCCCGGCUUUCCCAAUCCCGGCUUUCCCGAUCCCGGCCAUGCUCCGCUGCCUGCUCCAAAGGGCUUCCCAACUUCCCAACUUGGAAAAGCGGGAUAAACAAAGCGAUCCCGUGGCCAGCCUGACAUUCCGAGGUGUCAAGAAGAGGACAAAGGUCAUCAAGAACAAUGUGAAUCCUGUCUGGAAUGAGGGAUUUGAAUGGGAUCUGAAGGGAAUCCCUCUGGAUCCCGAUGCUGAGCUCACCGUGGUGGUCAAGGACCAUGAAACCGUGGGAAGAAACAGGUUUUUGGGAGAAUCCCGGGUGCCGCUCCGGGAUGUUCUGGGCACUCCCAGCCUGGCGGCCUCGUUCAACCUCCCCCUGCUGGACUCGCGCAAGGAGAGCACCGGGGCUUCCUUGUUCCUGCAGGUGUCCUACAUCCCCCCUCCGGGCGCUAUCCCUCUUUUCCCACCUCCGGCCCCUCCGGAGCCGGCCCCGGCUGCAGCCGAGCUGGACACGGUCACCGAGACGGCCGGAGAGGAGGACACGGAAGAUCCGGAGGCCACGGGAGACACGGAGCCCUUGGCGUCCUCGGGAGCACCGGGCUCGGAGCCGCCCUCAUUCCCAAGGAAACCGUCCGGGAAUCACAUCCAGGGGGUGAAGAGGAGGAGGAGGAGCUCUCCCAAAAAACCUUUAUCCAACAAACCGCAGGAUUUCCAGAUCCGGGUGAGGGUCAUCGAGGCCCGGCAGCUUCCCGGGAUCCAGAUCCGGCCGGUGGUGAAGGUGACGGUGGCCGGACAAACCCGGAGAACGCGGAUCCGGAAAGGGAACAGCCCCUUCUUCGAUGAGACUUUUUUCUUCAACGUCUUCGAGUCCCCAUCGGAGCUGUUUGAUGCUCCCAUUUUCCUCACAGUCGUGGAUUCUCGAUCGUUCCGUACGGAUUCGGUGAUCGGGGAAUUCCGGAUGGAUGUGGAGACCGUUUACUCCGAGCCAAAACACGCUUUCCGCAGGAAGUGGCUGCUCCUCUCGGAUCCAGAGGAUUUUUCUGCGGGAGCCAAGGGCUACCUGAAGGUCAGCGCCUGCGUGCUGGGGCCUGGAGAUGAAGCUCCUCUGGAGAAGAAGGAGGUGGCCGAGGACAAGGAGGACAUCGAGGCCAAUCUGCUGCGCCCCACCGGGGUCACCCUCAGGGGGGCCCAGUUCUGCCUCAAGAUCUUCAAAGCCGAGGAUUUGCCCCAGAUGGAUGACGCCGUCAUGGACAACGUCCGGCAGAUCUUCGGCUUCGAGAGCAACAAGAAGAACCUGGUGGAUCCCUUCGUGGAAGUCAGCUUUGCCGGGAAAACGCUCUGCUCCCGGAUCCUGGAGAAAAACGCCAACCCCCAGUGGAACCAGUGCCUGACGCUGCCGGCCAUGUUCCCUUCCAUGUGCGAGCGGAUGAGGAUCCGUGUGACCGACUGGGACCGUCUGACGCACAAUGACGUCAUCGGCACUGCUUUCCUCGGAAUGUCCAAGAUUUCUGCCCCCGGCGGGGAGCUGGAGGAUGAGUUUCCUGCUCCUGUGAAGCCUCUGAAACCCUCGGACCUGGAUGACGGGCUGGGAUUCCUGCCGACCUUCGGGCCCUGCUACAUCAACCUGUACGGCAGCCCCCGGGAAUUCACCGGAUUUCCCGAUCCCUACGAGACGCUCAAUUUGGGAAAGGGUGAGGGGGUCGCGUAUCGGGGCCGGAUCCUGGUGGAGCUGGAGACCAAACUGGUGGAGCACAUGGAGCAGAAGGUGGAGGAGAUUCCUGCUGAUGACAUCCUGCGGGUGGAGAAAUACCUGCGCCGGCGGAAAUAUUCCCUCUUUGCCGCCUUCUACUCGGCCACGAUGCUCCAGGGCGUGGAUGGCGCCAUCCAGUUCGAGGUCAGCAUCGGGAAUUACGGCAACAAGUUCGACACCACCUGCCUGCCCCUGGCCUCCACCACCCAGUACAGCGGGGCUGUCUUCGAUGGCUGUCACUACUAUUACCUGCCCUGGGGGAACGUGAAGCCGGUGGUGGUGCUGUCCUCCUACUGGGAGGACAUCAGCCACCGCAUGGACGCCCAGAACCUGCUGCUCUACGGAGCCGAGCGGCUGGAAGCAAACCUGGAGAAGGUCCAUGUGGCUCUGAAAUCCAACCGCUCUCCGGUCGAGCUGGAGGCCCUGGGAUCCCAACUGCUCGAUGACGUCAUCGCUGACUGCAGCCUGAAACUUCCGGAUGUCCUGGGGAAGGCAUCCAGCACCCACCUGGAUCAGAACCUGUUCCGCUUCCGGAGCACCCACCUGGAGCAGAUCCUCAAGGUGGCCCUGAGGCUCAAGCAUGAGAAUUCCAGCCUUUCCCAAAUCCUGGAUCAGGCGGAGGAUUGGCUGUGCCGGCUCCGGGCCAUGGCGGAGGAGCCCCAGAACAGCCUCCCGGACAUAGUCAUCUGGAUGCUCCAGGGGUACAAACGCGUGGCCUUUGCCCGCAUCCCGGCCCACCAGGUCCUGUAUUCCCGGAACAUCUCCAACUGCUGCGGCCGGAACUGUGGGAAGCUCCAGACCAUCUUCCUCAAGUACCCGCAGGAGGAGGUGAUGGGGCCACGGAUCCCUGCGCAGAUCCGGGUGCGGCUCUGGUUGGGAUUGGCCGUGGAUGAGAAGGAAUUCAACCAAUUCGCCGAAGGAAAACUCUCCGUCUUCGCUGAAACGUAUGAGAACCAGACCAAGCUGGCGCUGGUGGGGAACUGGGGCACCACCGGCCUCACUUAUCCCAAAUAUUCUGAUGUCACCGGCCGGAUCAAGCUUCCCAAGGACAGCUUCCGGCCUUCCGCGGGAUGGACCUGGGCUGGGGAUUGGUUCAUCUGCCCGGAAAAGACGUUGUUGCAUGAUGUGGAUGCCGGGCACCUGAGCUUCGUGGAGGAGGUGUUUGAGAACCAGGUCCGGCUUCCCGGAGGGCAGUGGAUCCACAUGACCGAUUCCUACACGGACGUGAAUGGGGAGAAGGUCCUGCCCAAGGAUGAGAUUGAGUGUCCUCCAGGCUGGAAGUGGGAAGAUGUGGAAUGGGACACGGAUCUCAACAGGGCUGUGGAUGAGAAAGGCUGGGAAUACGGGAUCACGAUCCCGCCGGAGCGCAAGCCCAAGGCCUGGGUACCGGCGGAGAAGAUGUUCCACACCCACCGGCGCCGGCGCUGGGUGCGGCUCCGCCGGCGCGACCUGGAGCACAUGGAAGCCAUGAGAAAGCACAAGCAGGAGGAGCUGGAUGGGGAUGGUUGGGAAUACGCUUCCCUCUUCGGCUGGCGCUUCCACCUCCAGCAGCGCCGCUCCGACUCCUUCCGCCGGCGCCGCUGGAGACGCCGGAUGGAGCCUCUGGAACGCACCGGCCCUGCCGCCGUCUUCGCCUUGGAAGGGGCUCUGGGAGGAGUGACAGAUGACAAGAGUGAUGAUGGAAAAUCCGAUGGAAAAUCCGCGUCCACCCUGAGUUUCGGAGUCAACAGGCCCACGAUCUCCUGCAUUUUUGACUCUGGGAACAGAUUCCACCUGCGCUGUUACCUGUACCAGGCACGGGAUCUCAUUGCCAUGGACAAGGACAGCUUCUCUGAUCCCUACGCCAUCGUGUCCUUCCUGCACCAGAGCCAGAAGACGGUGGUGGAGAAGAACACCCUGAAUCCCACCUGGGAUCAGACCCUGAUCUUCUACGAGAUCGAGAUUUUUGGGAAUUCUCAGGAUGUGGCCGAGUCCCCUCCCAACAUCCUGGUGGAAAUCUACGACCACGACACCUAUGGGGCGGAUGAAUUCAUGGGACGCUGCAUCUGCCGGCCCAGCCUGGAGCGCUCGCCCCGGCUUUCCUGGUAUCCCGUCGUCAAAUCCGGCCGGAACGUCGGGGAGCUCCUGGCUGCCUUCGAGCUGAUCCAGAGGGAAAAGCCGGCUGUUCAUCACAUCCCUGGAUUUGAGAGCGAGCUCUCCUCCAGCCUGGAUGAGUCCGCGGAUUCCGACCUUCCCUACCCGCCGCCGCAGCGGGAGCCCAACGUUUACAUGGUCCCGCAGGGAAUCAAACCCGUCCUGCAGCGCACGGCCAUCGAGAUCAUGGCCUGGGGGCUGAGGAACCUCAAGAGCUUCCAGCUGGCCAGCGUGACCUCGCCCAGCCUGCUGGUGGAGUGCGGGGGGCAGCGCGUCCAGUCCGGCGUCAUCAAGAACGUCAAGAAGAACCCCAACUUCGACGUCUGCGUGCUCUUCAUGGAAGUGCGUCUGCCCAAGGAGAGCCUCUACAGCCCCCCCAUCAUCCUGAAGAUCAUCGACAACCGCCCCUUCGGCCGGAGACCUGUGGUGGGACAGUGCACGAUCCGCUCCCUCCAGGAAUUCUACUGGGAUCCCUCCCAGCAGGACACGGGGGCACCCCAGGAGCAGCCAGAUGACGUCAGCCUCACGCCCAGGGACGACGUCCUCAUCGACAUCGAUGACAAAGAGCCCCUGAUCCCCAUCCAGCUUCCCGAGGGUUUGACGAGCUCAGCACUAAUUAACAUCCCGGACUCCCGGGCCCCGCCUCAUGAGGAGGAAUUCAUCGACUGGUGGAGCAAAUUUUACGCUUCCACGGGAGAGAGGGAAAAAUGUGGAUAUUACUUGGAAAAGGGAUUUGACACCUUGAAGGUCUACGAGACGGAGCUGGAAAACGUCGAGGAAUUUGAGCAUCUCUCCGACUUCUGCCACACCUUCAAACUCUUCCGGGGGAGAUCCCAGGAUUCCAGCGACGACCCCUCCGUGGUGGGGGAAUUCAAGGGUUCCUUCAGGAUUUACCCUCUUCCUGACGAUCCGCGCGUUCCGGUGCCUCCCCGGCAAUUCCAGCAGCUCCCAGCCAGGGGACUCCAGGAAUGUCUGGUCCGGGUUUACAUCAUCCGUGCCUUCGACCUCCAGCCCAAGGAUUCCAAUGGGAAGUGUGAUCCCUACGUGAAGAUUUCCGUGGGAAAGAAAUCCAUAAAUGACCAGGAAAAUUACCUUCCCUGCACUCUGGAGCCUGUCUUUGGGAGGAUGUUUGAGCUGAGCUGCACGCUGCCCCUGGAGAAGGACCUCAAGGUCACCCUCUACGACUACGACCUCCUGUCCAAGGAUGAGAAGAUCGGCGAGACCGUCAUCGACCUGGAGAAUCGCUUCCUGUCCAAAUACGGCGCUCGCUGCGGCCUCCCCCAGACCUACUGCAUCUCCGGCCCCAACCAGUGGCGAGACCAACUCCGCCCUUCCCAGCUGCUCCACCUCUUCUCCCUGCAGCACAACUACAAAGCUCCCACCUACAAAUCUGACCGGAUCAUCUUCAGGGAUCAGGAAUAUGUCCUCUCUGAGCUGGAAGAUGGAAAACCCCCGAAUCCGCACCUGGGGCCGGUGGAGGAGCGGCUCGCCCUGGCUGCCCUCCGGAAGCAGGGAUUGGUUCCGGAGCACGUGGAGACCCGGCGCCUUUACAGCCCCCUCCAGCCAGACAUCGAGCAGGGAAAGCUCCAGAUGUGGGUGGAUCUGUUUCCCAAAUCCCUGGGACAUCCCGGCCCCCCUUUCAACGUCACUCCACGCAAAGCCAAGAGGUUCUACCUGCGCUGCAUCAUCUGGAACACCAAGGACGUGAUCCUGGACGACCUCAGCAUCACCGGGGAGAAGAUGAGCGACAUCUACGUCAAAGGGUGGCUGGUGGGACACGAGGAGAACAAGCAGAAGACGGAUGUCCACUACAGAUCCAUGGGAGGAGAAGGGAAUUUCAAUUGGAGAUUUGUCUUUCCCUUCAAUUAUCUCCCGGCGGAGCAGAUGUGCCACGUGGCCAAGAAGGAACACUUCUGGAGCUUGGACAAGACGGAAAACAAGAUCCCACCCCAGCUGAUCCUCCAAAUCUGGGACAACGACAAGUUCUCCUUCGACGACUAUUUGGGAUCCAUCCAGAUGGAUCUCAACAGGAUGCCCAAGCCUGCCAAGACAGCGGAAAAGUGUUCCUUGGAUCUUGUGGAUGAUUCCCUGUCCUCCGGCCGCUCCGUGUCCCUCUUCGAGCAGAAAACCGUCAAGGGCUGGUGGCCCUGUGUGGCCGAGCAGAACCAGCAGAAGAUCCUGGCGGGCAAACUGGAGAUGACUUUGGAAAUUGUGGCGGAACAGGAGCACGAGGAGCGUCCGGCCGGGAUGGGACGGGAUGAGCCAAACAUGAACCCCAGGCUGGAGGAUCCCAAGCGUCCCGAGACCUCCUUCCUGUGGUUCACGUCCCCGUACAAGACCCUGAAGUUCAUCCUGUGGCGCCGCUACAAGUGGGUGCUGAUCCUGGCCGUCCUCCUCUUCAUCCUGCUGCUUUUCCUGGGAAUCUUCGUCUACGCCUUCCCGAACUACGCUGCUAUGAAACUGGUGAAACCUUUCAACUGAAGCUUCUCCCGUGCCUGCCUGGGAAUUUUGGGAAGGAAUUCUGGAAGCGGAGAAGGAACAACCUCAUCCAGGCCUCCAGCUGCUGCCAAAGACUCCGCUUCCCUUUGGAAUUCCACCCGGGAAACGUCACCUAACCAAAAUAUUUCUGGUUUUCCAGCCUUCUGUGUUUUGUUUGAGUUUUCCUGCUGCUCUGGUUGGUAAAUCCCAAAUUCCAGCGGAAAUCCAAGGAAGGAGCAGGGAAAGGACCUUUCCAUCCAGAAGUUGGGAAUGUGCAGAGGAUCCUCAGGGCAGGAUUUGGGAUUUGCCAGCCUGAGCAAAUCCCAUGGAUUCCGAGCACUUUUCACUCUCCGAUACAGCCUCAGUUUCCUUUUUCCCUGUGUUAUCCCAUUUAUGGAUUGUAAACCUGUGGAAAAUGUGUUGGAAAACCGGAAUCCCUGGGAUGACACGUUGCAUUCCCAAAGCUGAAAUCAUGGGAAUGGGAAAGGCUGUGGGUCAAAACCUGGGAUUUGGAGUUGGUGCUUCACAAAAUCCUAGUUUCUCUUGGAUUUUGAGGCCUUUGCAUUCCUUCAUGGAAUUCUGGAGCUGGUUUUCCCUUGGAGCUGCUCCACAAUCCUACAGGUCUCCCAUUCCAACUGGGCUGUGAUUUCCUCCUCUCCCGCUGUCUCCAGGCCACUUUUUUGGGAAUUCUUGGUCUUUUUAGUGUCAGUAUUUGCAGAAUCCCAGAAUCCCUGAGGUUGGAAAAGACCUUUGGGAUCAUUGAGUCCAAGCUGUGACCAAUCCCCACUGAGUGCCACAUCCGGGAAUUCCUUGGAGACCUCCAGGGAUGGGGAUUCCAAAGCUCCCUGGGCACUUCCAAGGCCUGACCACUCUUUCCAUGAGGAAAUUCCUGCUGGUGUCCAACCUGAGCCUCUCCUAGGACAACCUGAGGCUGUUCCCUCUUUUCCUGUUAUCCCCUGGGUUCAGAUCCCAGCUCCCACCUGGCUCCAAAUCUUCAGGGAGUUGUGCAGAGCCAGAAGGUCCCUCCUGAUCCUCCUUUUCUCCAGGCUGCGCCUCACUGAUAUUCCUUCGAAAUCAGCCAUUUUCCCUUGUAUUCCCGAAGAUUCUUAUGGAAAACAUCCCAACCCAUACUCGCCGCUCCCAGGCAUUAAUGGAGCGAAGAACCUGUCCCGGGGUGGGAUUUGUUUUCCAAACAAAUCCAUGAUCCACAGCCUGCUCAGCCUCUCCUGGAUCUGAUGGGAAUGCUGGGACAUUCCCACUUUUGCUGUUCCCUCCUCCUGUCCCUGGAGCGGAAUGAUCCCUCGGGAUGUGGCACUUGGGGAUUUGUGACCUUGACAGCUUCAGACUUGAGCUCAGAGGUCUUUCCCACCCUGGAUGGUUCCAUGAUUCCUGGAGUUUUCCAGUGCUGGGAGGAUGUUAAUCCUCAAAUUCUCAUCCUGGGAGAAGGAAUCUUCUCCCAUUUUCCCACCAGAAAAUUCCCAUUAAUAUCCAGGUUGCUCUGGCACCUUUGCUGAUUUGGGAUCUUCCCAUCCUCCCUUCAACAGGAUGAGAUUUAUCCUUGAUUCCAUGUUUUUCUUGGAGCUGUGGCUGCUCCAAACGAGCGAGGAGCUGGGAAAAGUGAUCCUGAGGGAUCAGCUUCCCAGGAAAAACCGCUGAUGGCAGCUCCUGCCCAGCUCUGGCCAGGAUUUUAACCUGUGCUUCAAAAAUAGGGAAAAAUAUUUUAGUUGCUUUGUGGGAUGAGGAUGUAAUCCAUGGGGGAUCAAAUCCUGGAUUUCUCAUUGGAGCAUCUCCCAGAUUGCACAGGGCACCUCCUUCUCCGUGUUUUCUGCACGGCUUAGGGUUUUAUAGGGAUUUAUAGGGAUUUAUAACCCCAUCCCUGCUGCUGAGCUUUGGCUGAUCCAUGGCCCCUUUCCCAAAAGUUGGAGCAGAGGAAUUGGCUCCGGAUUUGCACAUCCCAGGGCGGAGGUUUCAUUUUCCGUCGUUAAAUGCUUCGUUUUCCUUCGUUUUUUCCCUAAAAGCCUCCCAACCCCGUUCCAACCCCCAUCCCUGUUUAUAGCCACCAUCAAACCACCAGGAUUCACUCCAAUUUUCCAGAGGUUUUAUUAUCCCAAAGGAUCUGAGGAGCCAAGGACAGAAGUUGCUUCUGUUUGGCUCUUCUGGGAUUGGGAAUUUGGGUUUUAUGGGAAUGUUGGUCCCUGCUCCUUUUCCACCAGGAUCCAGCUGUGCCAGAUGGAAUCUGGAAUUCCCCGAGUGCUCUCCUGGAAUCCACAGUGGGAAUUCAGGUCCAGUAUCUCUGGAUUUGUGGGGAUUCUGGGAUUUCCCAUCCUGAUGUAAUUCCCUGUGAUCCCAACCCAAAAAUCUUGGAGCCAAGAGCCCCAAAUGGAUGCGCGAUCCAUGUUGGAAUGCCAAACGUAGGAUGCUCAUCCCCCAUCCCAUCGGGAACACUGCUGUCUAUCCCAGAAAGACAAGGAAUCAAAAUCCGUCCAUGGGUUACCUUUGGAACGUCCAAGGCCAGCUUGGAUGAGGGACUGUGGAAUGCCUGGAAUGGGAUGGGCUUGAAUGUUUGGGAUUCACUCCAGAGACACUUCCAGGGGGAAAUCCUCUUUUAUUCCCAGCAUUCCCCUGGCAAACCUGGGUCAGCAGCGAUGGGAGAGAAGGAUCCAGGGCAUCCAACUCCAUACAAUCAGGGAUUUCCAGAAGGAAAUCUGUGCUCCCAGUCCAGCUUUCAUGCCAAGAGGAUCCCGUGGGAUUCCGCUGGGUAAAUUCAGGUCGGAGCAUCUGGAAAAACCAACUCCAUCCCAUUUUUUUUCCCCUGAACAGCCACAUCCAGCUCCGGGCCUGGUUGUGUCUUCUCCAAAUCCAGGUGGGAGCUGUAGAAAGAAUUCCCUGUGGCUUCCGGUUAUCCAGGGAAUUGGCUGGAAUUUGUUCUGGAUCACCUGUGCCUGCCUUAUCUGCAAUAAUGCCCAAAGCACUGUGAUUCCCAAAGAAAUGCUCUGAAACA